AAGAAAAAAGAAAAGAAAAAGAAAUUCCCUUGUCUAUAUAACGUAUGCAUUUCGCUUUCAGACUGUGUGAGCUCAGUGACUGCAGCUACUACUGACUGCUCCUUUUCUCUGUUUGGUUCCUUUGUGUUUAAAUUCCAGAUCUGAUUUCUCAAUUCUCGCUAAGAGCAUGGGUCGUGGAGUUAGCAGUGGUGGUGGACAAAGUUCAUUGGGCUAUCUGUUUGGAGAUGGAGAGGCUCCAAAACCUGCCAGGAAAAAUGCCCAACCUGCUCCAAAUGACGCCCAGGUGGUAAAUGACCUGCCACCCUCCAAACCUGCUGUGGCUUCUCAGCCAGUAGAUAUCAGCAAGCAGGUUCCUGCUGGUAUUAAUAGUACUUCUACAAACAACUAUAUGCGUGCUGAUGGUCAGAACACUGGAAACUUUCUCACGGAUCGACCUUCAACCAAGGUUCAUGCUGCUCCUGGUGGUGGAUCUUCUCUUGGAUACCUCUUUGGUGGUGGUAGUAACUGAGAUAUACACUAAAUCUUUUCAUGCUGGAUGUAUUGUUUGUUGAUUCUUGUGGAAACCUAUAGUUUGGAUGAAGCAUGGUUUCAUCUUAAAUAUAAAUCAAAGCAAACUUGCUGGAUCAUGUGAUGUAAUGUAAUAUAUAGAUGGUGGUGCUGUUUGGAUUAUUCCAUCAAAUAUCAGUGGAUUUUAUAUGUCAUAAACUUCUGUUACAAAAGCUCAGUCGAUAUCUUUCUUAUAUAUAGUUCUGAAUUCUGAUUUAAA